GUUGAAUGAUUGUCUGCUCACAGGGCCCUCCCUGACGCAGAAAUUAGCAGAUGUGUUGUUUAGAUUCAGGACAGAACAGUACGCCUAUGCGGCAGACAUUAGCAAAGCCUUCCUACGUAUUGGGUUGCAGCCACAAGACAGGGACUACACAAGGUUCUUGUGGUUGGCUAACAGGGAGGUGCCCAAGCAAGGGUAUGAUACCUACAGAUUCAGGGCAGUGUUGUUUGGUGCCACUAGUUCACCAUUCUUAUUACAGGCCACCAUAGACUACCACCUUGUGAACUGUAACAGCCCACUUAAAGAAUUACUGAAGACCCUAUUUUAUGUAGACAACAUGCAAGGUACCACCUCAGAUGAAAGGCUGUUGAUGGACAUUUAUCGAGAGUCUAAUCAGGAGAUGCUCUCGGCUAACAUGCCACUAAGAGAAUGGGUGACAAACAAUCCAACGUUGCGGGGCACGGUGGAACGUGACUAUGCUGGCUACUCAGUACCUGAGGUAACAUCGGUGUUGGGAUUGGAGUGGGAAAUCAAGGAAGACAGACUUAGGCUAAAGAGAAAACCUGAUGGGAAAGGGAAGCUGACCAGGAGGUCUUUGCUGAGCAAAGUGCAGACUGCCUUCAAUCCUUUGGGUUUGUUGACACCCAUCACCAUUCGAGGGAGGAUGCUAGUGCAACAGACCUGGAAGCUGAACCUAGGUUGGGACGACCCACUGCCAGAAAGAGUCUGCCAGGAGUGGGAUCUGGUUAGCAAAGAUCUAGCAAAAUUGCAUGAGUUCACAUUCCCCAGGUCCAUCGGGUGCACUGGGCGGGAUUAUGACUUGCACGUCUUCUGUGAUGCCUCCUCCCAGGCCUAUGGGGCAGUAGCGUAUUUGGUGGCCGGGGACCAAGUCAAUCUGGUCACCAGUCGUGCGCGGGUGACACCCCUGAAAGAUUGCUCUAUCCCAAAGCUAGAGCUCACGGCGAUGUUGCUGGGAGCAAGACUGGGGAAGUACGUAGAGGAGGUGUUGAGUAAUCUGAGGGUGACACACACCUAUGUAUGGACAGACUCGGAGGUGGCCUUACAGUGGGUCCAGAAUGACAGGUCUAAGCUCCCCUGUGUCAGGAAUCGGGUAAAGGAGAUACGGGAACUACAGUCAACGUCAACAAUUCUCUACAUGCCUACAGAUCAAAACCCAGCCGACCUGAUAAGCCGAGGGGUGACACACAAAAAGCUGAGUAAAAGCGAGAUUUAGUUCAAAGGCCCAGACUGGUUACCGGGAAGGGAUUGCUGGCCGGAGCAGAAAUUCGGGGAGACAACCAGCAGCAUAGUACACUUUGCGGGGGAACCCGACACUGAACUAUUUGACCCCAGGCGCUACUCCUCUUGGAGGAAACUUAUAGGAGUCACGGAAAUGGUAUUUUGAUUUGUGAGGAAGCUGCAUGACGAGGUAUGCCAAGGUCGACAAUUAUCUCUCGUGGGUCCCAGAGAAUAUUGGAUAAGGCAGUACCAAAGGUAGAGGUUUAAAGGAGUGCUGGAAGUACUGGCACCCAGGGCAUACUGGCCUCUUGGCCUGGUAGUGUUGACCCACCCAGACAAGGCUGGGCGGAUGAGAAUGGUGAAGGUGAGAAUGAAUGGUGUCGAGACUAUAAGACCCAUCAACAGGCUUUUACCUCUUGAGGUCCACACGGUGGGACUGGGACAUGAGAAAUUAGACCAGAGGCUGACCGAGCUGAGCGGCCGGACGACCCGUCGACCGGCGCUCAAGUCCAGGGCCCACUGGGAAGGCCUGCGGGAGGCAGACUUGAUCUAGACUUAGCGCCUACCUUCACCAGCGGGAGGAUGUGGAAAUUUAUUUGGUCCCUAAAGUUCCACAGGACAGAUCCGGCAUGGCCAUGAUGGAACGACUGAGCUGGAUGGCCCUUAUACCCCACCCAAACAUAAAAGCAUUCUCUCGAGUUGGCAGGGAUUGUUGGUAAGCUUAUUUAAUUUAUAGAUUUACUCUUCAGGGAAGGAGUAGGUAGUUUUACUGGUAGUACACUAAUAUUAGGUUUACUAAGGCAACUGUAGAUAAUAAUAAUGUAGACCUAAGACCUUAACAUAGGUAGUAAUAGGCCGAUAAUGUAGGCAAACACUAGGUUAAGUUAGCUAGGGAGAACUGGCAGCCCUAGCUUGAAGGAUGAGGUGCGGGUCUGGAAGACAUGAGCUCUCCCUUCUUAAGACAGACACCAACUGGACAAGACAUGCCGUGAUCAGCAGACGGCGCCCCCCACGUGUCUUCACAUUUGAGACCUGGGGAAAUCUGGUAGAGGCACCUCGAUGUACCGUAGAUGACCUCCUCUGUCAGGCCCAUACAGUAAGACAAAACCUCCACUUUAUCUCGUAGAUUUCUGGCCAGUGGCUGGGGAGAUUGUGAGUGAGUUUGAUCUGUGGGCCGGUGUGCAACAGGCAGUGCAUGCCCAGUAAGUACCAGUGUCUCAAGGCAGUCUGGAAGCUAGUGUCCGUGGCUGCAUAGUUAUACUAGGGGAUACAUACCCUCUUGGAUAUAGGAAUUUCUGAGGUGCAGGCAGGACACUAAUAACGAUUGAAUAUUGCAGGAAUUAAGGCUCCCGGUUGCACGUGGUUUCUGAGGGAAAGUCCAAAGGGGCUAAGGCUAAGCUUAGGGAAGUUGAAGAUCAGGAUAUAUGCUGCAACACCAAGUAAGUUAGUCCUUUAUACGUGCCUGCGGGCGAGUUUUCUUGCAACAUCAAUCAUUUGUGAAAAUCUGUCCUAUAAAGUCACUUGUGAGGCUGAGGUACCCACCUCAGAGCUCGGUGUCAACAGAGUUUGCCAGGGUAGGUGACUCACUUGGAGGCAGUCCACACAAAUUUUCACAAUUACUGUUGUAACUAGUUCAGCUAUCAUAACUUUGGAGUCCAGUCCCUGGACCCAUUAUGUGCUUUUGUAAUCUUUUGACUACCGCCCACGGGAUGGAUAUGGGGUGCAUAAUAAACAUAUUAAACUAAACUAACUCAGCAGUGGUGAGGUAGAUGGUGGUGGGGACACACGGCUCAGGAUCGUCGCCUUUAUAUCCAACAACAUCAGGUCAAAGUGACUCCUGGCCAGCUUUCAUCUGGUGUGGACGUCCGUCUCUCUCUCUCUCGCCUAAAUAUCAGUGGCAAAUUUCCUCCGCUUUCUCUGGGACACAUCUCCUCACCUAUUUUGCCCGCCGGGCACAUUGCAUGAGGGGGUACCUAUCAUCGGCUAACUUUUAGCCGCUAUGAGAAUAAUUCUUUAACGGUUUUGGUGGAAAGCCGGUUACUAAACUCAGGUGAGGUGUUGGCGUCGCAAUUAUCAGGGUCUUGGCAAGGGGGUUCAUCUGAUCUAAUGAGGAAUUUUUAAUUCCUGUUUAUUUAUUUAUUUUAUUUAUUUUAUGUCUUUGCAAACAGUACAAUGAGAUUUUAUAUUUACGAUGGUGGGUUGCAAUGCAAAGACAGCAUAUAUUAUGCCUAGGCAUUAUGGGCCAACUUAACAUUAUUGGCUUACUGACUACUUAACACUAAGGAUUUUAUCAUAGUUGUACAGUAGGACAGUAAUUAUUUCAUAGUUGAACAGUAGAUUAUUAAUUAUAAGUGAAUUAAAUUUGAAUAAGAAAAAGGAUAUAUUCUUAUAGUCUAAAAUGCUUUUUGUGGAAAACAAUAGUUCAAUUAUAUUCCUGUCAACAAUGGUUAAAAGGUUGAAAGUGAUUGUUGAAGUUAUAAUGUGGGAGUACAUAGGUGAGUAAGCAACAAACUAAAAAACAAGACAGGAGAUUUAAAUACCUUACCACCCAUUAUAUACAAAAAAGUGUCACAGGUGCUAUCACCAAUCAUUGCAACACUCUUUAACAAAUCCAUUGAAUCCUCUACCUUUCCUACAGUUCUCAAAUAGCAAGGGUCAUCCCGAUCCAUAAAGGAGGAGCCCACACAGGCUUGAAUAACUAUAGGCCAAUAUCCAACUUACACCCUCUCUCUAAAAUCUUUGAACAAUUAAUCCAUAAGCGUAUCUAUUCCUACCUCAUCUCCCACAACAUACUCAACCCCUGUCAAUUUGAGUUCAGGCCUAAUAAAAAUACUAAUGAUGCUAUUAUCCACAUGCUAGAACAUAUUUAUACAGCAAUAUAGAAAAAAGAAGUCCCACUGGGGAUCUUCAUUGACUUACGUAAAGCUUUCGAUACGGUUGACCACGACUUGCUCCACAUAAAAUUGUCGCACUGUGGUAUAAGAGGGCACUCCUUCAACUACCUUAAGUCUUACCUCAGCAACAGAAGCCAAUAUGUGUACACAAAUGGGGCAAACUCUUCCGCACAGCCAAUUACAGUUGGUGUCUCACAGGGAAGUGUUCUAGGCCCUCUUCUCUUUCUCAUAUACAUAAAUGACCUACCAAAUGCAUCGCAACUACUCAAACCCACACUAUUUGCAGAUGACAUACGUCUACUCUCACCCGAGCCCAGUCAUGCUAGCCAAUACUGUAAAUACCGAAUUACAGAAAAUAUCAACCUGGAUGAGGACCAACAAACUUACUCUAAACAUUGACAAAACCUACUUCAUUCAGUUUGGUAACAGAUCUGCAGAUGUGCCUCUUAACAUAAUGAUAAAGGGAUCACCUAUCACAAAACUCACAGAGGAAAAAAUCCUAGGAAUCCACCUUGAAAAUAGACUCAAAUUUCAAACACAUAUACAACAAAUUUCCCAAAAAUUUCCAAGACCGUAGGCAUACCAUCGAAGAUACGGUACUAUGUUCCACAGUCAGCCCUCCUGGCCCUAUAUCACUCAUUUAUUUACCCCUAUCUCACCUACGGGAUUUGUGCAUGGGGCUCAGCAACAAUAAACCAUCUCAGACCACUAAUCACCCAACAAAAGGCUGCAGUCAGAAUGAUAACAAAUUCCCACUACAGACAGCACACUCCACCAAUAUUCGAAACUCUAAACCUACUCACCAUACAAAACAUCCAUACUUAUUACUGCACCUACUACAUACAUAGAACACUUAACACUGAUAUUAACCCUCCCCUCAAACAUCUCCUUACCAACCUCAACAGAACACACGACCAUAACACAAGACACAGAUCACUCUUUGAUGUUCCUCGUGUCCAUCUCACACUGUGCAAAAACUCAAUGCACAUAAAAGCCCUAAAAUCUGGAAUUCAUUACCUGUGAAUAUAAAAGAAACACUGUCUGUUUAUAAAUUCAAGUCUCUUCUCAAAAAUAACUUACUCACCCACAACUAAAUAAAUACUGAAUAAUUGUAUCUCAUAAAUUGUAUCUCAUAUAUGUAUCUCAUUAUUGUAUUUCUUAAAUGUCUAGGAUGAUUAAGUGGGUUUUCUAUUUACAAGAAGGACUCCUGUUCCUUUUUCUUUAAUCGCCAAGCUUUGGGUAACAAAUCUUACUUACUUUACUUACUUACCUACUUACUUAAUUUACUUUACUUAAAUCGGGAAGUCAGGCUGGAUAUUACAUAAGCCGCUAGUGGCCCUUAUAAACCCAACAAACAAACAAAAACAACAGGCACUGUUGCUCGAGUUUUCUUCGUGCAGAGACACUGGACUUGACACUGAAGGGAAACUGUUUACAGUAUUCUGAUAGUUUACAUUUGGCAUUGCUUAAAAAUAAUAAUGGGAAAAUAGAUGUUCUUAUUUUCAAAUUUGAUAAAUGAUUUGACAUACACAUACAGUACUGUAUAUAUAUAUAUGUUCGCUGUUUAGUUACUCAGGCUGUGCAAAAUAUUUUUAAGCAUAAUAUUAUUCAAUAAUUUUAUUUAUAUAAGCUUAAAUGUGCAAGUAAUUAAGGCUGUGUCAAAAUGGAUAGCAGAGAAUAUAAAAAUAAAUUAGACACAAUCAUUUGAUUUGAUCACAAAACAACAUUAAUAUGCAUUGCUGUAGAAGUCAUUAAUGCUUUUGAAGGUAUUAAAAACAGAGUCACAACUUCAGAUUGGUGGCAAAGUUACUGUACUUAAAAUUACUUAUGUAGCAAAGAAAGAUUUUUCACAAAUGAGAAUUAAUGUAAACUUUUCUUCAUGAGAUCACUAGGCUAAGUAAAAACUUUCCAAUUAAAUAAAAAAUGCAGUGCAGAGAUUAGAUUUUAGAUUUUGCCACCGAAGUGGCUAGUUUAUUGUGCACCCCAUAUCCAUCCUGUGGACGGUAGCGCGAGAGCAUGUGGAUACACAAAAGGCCUAGGAACUAGGCCCCAAAGGGUUAACAGGAAUACA